AUGACACUCCUAGCUUAUCCUCAGCAUACUUCUGGUUCAUUUGGUUCACAAGAUGGUUCUGGUUCAUUUAGUUCACAGCAUACUUCUGGUUCCCAAGAUGGUUCUGUUUCACUUAGUUCACAGCAUACUUCUGGUUCCCAAGAUGGUUCUGUUUCACUUGGUUCACAGCAUACUUCUGGUUCUUCUGGUUCCCAAGAUGGUUCUGUUUCACUUGGUUCACAGCAUACUUCUGGUUCUUCUGGUUCCCAAGAUGGUUCUGUUUCACUUGGUUCACAGCAUACUUCUGGUUUAUCUAGUUCCCAGGAAGGUCAAGAAGGUUCUGUCUCAAUUGGUUCACAACAUAGUGGUGGUUCGUUUAGUUCUCAAGAAGGUUCUGUUUUACUUGGUUCACAACAUGGUGCUAAUUCAUUUAGUUCUCAAAAAGGUUCUGGAUCCAUAAGUUCACAGCAUACUUCUGGUUCAUCUGGUUCCCAAGAAGGUUCUGGUUCACUUGGUUCACAACAUACUGGUGGUUCAUUUAGCUCCCAAGAAGGUUCUGGUUCACUUGGUUCACAACAUUCUGCUGACACAUUUGGUUCUCAACAAAACUCUGGUUCAUUAGGUUCACAUCUUACAUCCGUUUCAUUCGGCUCACAACAACAAUCUCACUCAUUUGGCUCAGGACAGACUCCUGGCUCAUUCGGCUCACAACAAUCAAUUGGCUCACAACAGACUACUGGCUCACAACAAUCAUUUGGCUCACAACAGACUACUGGCUCACAACAAUCAUUUGGCUCACAACAGACUACUGGCUCACAACAGACUACUGACUCGCAACAACCAUUUGGCUCACAACAAUCAUUUGGCUCACAACAGACUACUGGCUCACAACAAUCACUUGGCUUACAACAGACUACUGACUCACUCGGAUCACAACAUACUUCUGGUACCUUUGGCGCGCACGUUUCCUUCGAUUCGCCCGGCACCUCUGAGUCACCUAGCACAUCUGACACCCUUGGCAGACCUGGUUCUCCUGAUUCACAUCCAACACGUGUUUCCUUUGGUAUUCCCUCCCCAGCAUCACACGAGUCACCCAGACCAUCUAUUACGUCAGAUUCAAUUGGUGUCCCCUUUUCACCUGAUAUACGUAAUUCACUCUUAUUCCCAACAUCACCUGAAUCAUUGGGAUCUGGUGGGGUAUCUGUGUUGUCUGUGUCACCCGGGGCAAGUGGUUCGCCGAGUAUUCCCAUCUUAGCUGCACCUCCUAUUACACCUGGUUUGCCUGGUUCACCUGCAUCAUUUGGCUCUCCCAUUUUGCCGGUUCUUAGCGUUCCAGCUACAUCACAUCAUUCUGAUGGUUCUCCCGGUUCUCAAGGCACAGAAGGUUCCACAGGGCUGUUACUUGGCACCAAACAGGCCUCGUCCACUUCGUCGUCUGCCUCAGGCGUGGAGUUCACUCGUGGACAAGACGAGGACGUGUCUGUAGUACUGGCGAGGGGUCAAACCGAUCUCGGGGGGACGACUGCCCAGGGAGUCACACUCUCUGCAGCCAGAGGACAACAAUCUGAAACAAGUUCACUUAGCACAUCGCACGCGUCUAGUUCUCCUGGGGCACAACAGUCUAGCGUCACUCCUCUUGAUGGGCAUGACUCGCUAGUUUUGCCUGGUAUUCGAGUUCCAGCUGAAGAUUCUGACUCCCCAGGUUCGCAGCAUGUUAUUGGUUUGUCUAAUGCACCUGAUAAUCAUGGCUCAUCUGUCACUGUUGCUUCAUCUAUUACUCGUGAUUCAUCUACUUCACAAAAUUUGGGGGAUUCUACUGGGUCAGUUAGCAUUCCUGGUUCAAUCGGUUCAUCUGAUACACCUGGUUCGUCUGGUUUACACUUGUCACCUGCAUCACAAGGUUCACUUGAUACAGUUAGUUCGCCAGGCACAUCUUCGCCUGAGACACCUGGUUCGGCCGCUACUCCUAGUACACCUGGUUCUCCUGCAUCAUCAAGUAUACCUGUUUCCCUUGAUACACCUGUUACAUCUAUUAUCCGUGCUCCUCCUGGGUUUUCUCUACCCCCUGAAUUACUGAAGCAACUUGGUUCAUCUGGUUUAUCUAAAGUGUUUGUUGUUCGUGGUUCUUCAAAUUCACCUGAUUCUCCUGUAUCCAUUGUAGCAACUCAUUCUCCUGGUACCCCUGAUAGUCCUGGUUCACCUGGAUCAUCUGGUACACCUGUUGUGCGGGUUGUUACCGUUCCAGCUGGUUCACAUCAUUCUGCUGGUUCCCCCGGCUCUCAAGGUUCAGAAAGUUCCACAGGGCUGUUGCUCGACACCAAACAGGCUUCAUCCAUCUCGUCGUCUGCCUCAGGCGUGGAGGUAACCCACGGAGAGGACGGGGACGUGUCUGUGGUGCUGGCGAGAGGCGAAACGAACCUCGGGGGGACGAGUGCCCAGGGGGUCACACACGCUGCUUCCGUAGGACAAGAAUCUGAAACAAGCUCUACGUCAUCUUCAUCGAGCCUCAAUGCUGUGCCUCAAACCCAGAUCAUCAAGUUAACAGGUAACGCUGAUACUCAAUUGGCGGCAGCUUUCAAGAAUGCCAUCAAGUCACAAUCUUCCAUAAGCUUCUCCUCAGUGUCCGGCUCUGGGUCUGGAGUGUCUUCGUCCAGUGAUCCGGCUGCUGUGGCGGGGCAGGUGUCUUCUGGGGUUAGCUCUCUGUCCGGAAACACUCAAGGCACUGGUUCUUCAGUCUCCAGUGGGGCAGUGCCGUUACAUGGGGGCGUGGUUAGAAUCAUUCCUUCGCAAGCCUUUGGUGGUCAAGAUUCACAACAGUCUAUCAGCUCUUCAGUUUCUGGGCAUUCUUCUAGUUCUUCCUCACAAGUUGCUCCUGGUUUUGCUGGCUCGGUUCCUAUUUCUGCACUCCUUGGGGGACAGAGUGGUUUACCUGGAACCCACAAUAAGUUCAAGCCUGUCCCUACCCCAUUCGUCCCUAACCACAUAAAUUACACGGCAAUAUUUGGAACCGGAAGUAAAGCCAGCGGGCAGAGUGAGGGAUCUGUAGUCAGUCAGAAUAAGUUUACGCCUGUCCCUACCCCAUUCGUCCCUAACCACAUAAAUUACACGGCAAUAUUUGGAACCGGAAGUAAAGCCAGCGGGCAGAGUGAGGGAUCUGUAGUCAGUCAGAAUAAGUUUACGCCUGUCCCUACUCCAUUCGCCCCUAACCGCUUAAAUUACACGGCAAUAUUUGGAACCGGAAGUAACACUAAUGGGCAGAGUGAGGGAUUUGCAAUCAGUCAGAAUAAGUUUACGCCUGUCAGUCAAUUUGUCUCUAACCGCUUCAAUUAUACAGCAUUGUUUGGAGCGAGCAGCAGCACUAAUGGGCAGAGUAAGGGAUCUGUAGCCUUUCAUAGCGGUUCGGGAGGGAGCAGCAGUACCGGGGGUCAGAGUCAGGGAUCCGUAGCGUUUCAUAGUAGCUCCGUGAACACCCAUGGGAAGGAAAUCUCUGAACCACUCCAGCCUCAGAUCAUCGCUGGCAUUCCCAUCAUAUCAAAGGUAGACGCGUCGACUCACUCAUCAGCGGCCGUGAGGAAUCAGCCGGUUAACAGGAAGAGCCACGCCUCCGCUAACAUAGACCCACCAACAACCAUAGCGCUGCUGACCCCCGUAGCUGUUUCUCUAUCUUCCGAUAAAGAAUCAGACUCACAACAACUGCAUCCCGCACAAGUUAACUCUGGUAGGUUUCCGGCUCGCAGACAGCAGGGCAUAGGCGUUCCAGAAGAUAUUCGAUUCCACGGACAUCGCUUCUCCGGCAGUCAAAAUGGUUUCUCUCGCUCCUCUUCUUUCCAUUCAAGGCAGCACAGCCAGACGGGGGGCGGUGAGUUCAGCAGGCACACCAGGGAUCAGGAUGUGGCUGUGGUGCUGGCUCACCCCAUCCACCAAAGCAAUGGGGGAUCGGGACACCUCUUCUUCCGAAAUUGACCUCUCGUUUGGCCACUCCUCUGAGCGCUUUUUGUGGGAGCAGCGAAUAGCGGGCUUUUUUUUUUUUCAUUAUUGUUUCCUUUUUUUUGCCCUUGAGCUGCUUCCUCUGCUGUAAAAAAAAAAAAAAAACGAAAAAAAAAAACCAAGGUCGAGGCAUUGGGGAGUAUAAUUAUAUGUACUUGAAGAGACUUAGGUGGCUUGUAUGAAUGAUCCUCGUGUGUGUUUCCUUCGAUUACUUACCCUUGCGUGAGGCCGUCCUAUGUUGAUCUGUAACUCGUAGGAUACUUGCUGUUGACACAUGUAAAUAAACUUUUAAGAUUUUUAAAAA